AAUCUUGGGACAUCUCACCUACUAGCUGAAGAGAAAUACCAGAUGGCCCUCACCGGAGUCUUGUGUGCAUUUGCCUUUGUAUGUGUCACGCUGUGUCAGGCAGGGAAGAUUGACUCUGUCGGAGGUUUGUCAGAUCGCAAUCUCAACCACCAAGAUAAACUAACGUGGCUCGGAACAUUACAGGAGAAAAGGGUAACCACCGACGACAAAUACCACCUCGCCUGGCUGCUAUACAAGCUUUUAAAGUCACACAGCGACCAGUUCAAAUCCAACUUUCUCCCUCCUGGACCAGAGAGUGGCGGGAUACAGGAGAGUAGGCGCGAGACUACGCCACAGAAGGACAAGCGCAUUCGCAAAGCCGGAUGCAGAAUGUUCUUUUGGAAGUCAUGGACUGCAUGCUGACAGACUUGUCUACUUUUUACGCCAAAAUGCAGAUGGUUUUCGAAUCGAGAGAAUUCAUUCCAAAUCAGCUUACCAAAGUUUUUCUGCAAUUAUUAAUGUAACUUGUUAUUUUUAUGAAUG